CCUCUGCCCCCAGACCACGUGGUGGUAAGCUCAGGGAAGAUGGUGGAACAGACCGCUCGGGAUGACGUGCGCGUGAUCCGCACUGGCGGCAGCAAAAUCAACUACCGGCGGCCGCUCUUCUCGACCGACAGCAGAUAUUUGUUGUGUGCAUCAGGCGAUUUUGUGAAAGUAUAUAGUACAGCCACAGAGGAAUGUGUACGUGUUCUGCAAGGCCAUAAGAAUCUUGUCACAGGCAUUCAGCUUAAUCCCAGAAAUCAUUUGCAGUUGUAUUCUACGUCAUUGGAUGGCACAAUUAGAAUUUGGGACUUCACAGAUGGAAUCUUAAUAAAAACCUUUGUUGUGGACUUUAAACUGCUUGCCCUGUACACGUCUGCUGCUGAUGAAAAGUCCAUCUUUGCUAUUGUUCCAAAAGAUAAUAAUGAAAUCUCAGGGAAUUUUCAGUUGGUGUCCAUCAAUCUGCCCAAGUCAACUGAUCAAGAGGUUGCAGUUAAAGACGUAACUGUCGUUUUGGAUGAUGUACAUCAGUCACCGAAAUCAAUAGCUUUUGGCAGAGAGGGUCAGUUUGUUGCUUCAGUCAAAUCUCUUGAACUUUGUGUGCUUUUCUUUAAAAGGAGAAAGUACUACAGGUUUCCCUUGAGUAGCAAAGAUCGGAAAGGAGCUAAUAAUGUGUUUACGUGUGUAGCCUGUCAUCCAAAGGAAGACUGUGUAGCAACAGGCCAUAAAGAUGGUAAAAUUCGGCUCUGGAGGAACUUCAGUAACAAACAGGAGUAUACGUAUUCAACCCAACACUGGCAUCACAGUGUAGUCAAUGAUCUGAUCUUCUCAGCAGAAGGCACUAGUUUGCUCUCUGGAGGAGUGGAGUCUGUACUGGUUCAAUGGCAAUAUAAAUCUGAAACAAAGAAAAACUUUCUGCCUCGACUUGGGGGAGCGAUUGAACAUAUUGCAACCUCGCCUGAUGGUUUCUUGCAUUGUACAUCUCACAGUGAUAAUAAAAUGAUCACCAUCCAAAGCAACUUGACUGUUUCUACCAUAAUUCAAGGUUUAGUUAAAGGUCAGGAGGUUUUAACUGGUUUAAUGCUUGAUCCAAGAAGCAAAGCUCUGGUUCUAAAUGGGAAACCAGGGCAUUUGCAAUUUUAUUCACUCCAGAGUGACAAGCAGUUGUACAAUCUAGACAUAGUACAAAAGGAAUAUAUCCACCAAUCAGGACUAAACCAGACUCAGGUGGUCAAGGCAGCCUUUGACUGUCAGGGUACAUGGUUGGUAACUGUGGAAGAAAGGAAGGAAGAAACAACUGACCUUGAGCAGCAAAUGAAACUUUGGGCUUAUAAUGAGGAACAACAGAGUUUUGCCCUUAAUACUAUGAUAAAUGCACCACAUGAGAGCCACAUCUCAGCACUUUGCUUUCAAAAUUUGACUGGCUCUAGAAGUGAGCCAGCUACGUUGGUAACGGCUGGACUCGAUUGCCAGUUCAAAGUCUGGAUUCUUGGAGAUGAUUCAGAUAUAUACAGAAAGUGUGUAUGCUGGAGCUGUGAUUUUGUGGGAACAUAUCACCACCUUCAGGCCACAAAUUGUAGUUUCUCUGAAGAUGGUUCCCUGCUUGCUGUCAGUUUUGAACAGAUCAUUACUUUAUGGGACCCAGACACUUGGGAUCUGAAAUGCACCUUCUGCCAUCCACCUGGGAAAAUACAAGACCUUGCCUUUGGAAGACUCAGCUGUUCCAAGUACCUCCUCGGAACAACUGAUAAUGGUUUCUUGUGCUGUUGGAACCUUUUAAGCUGUAGCUUGGAAUGGAGCACACGGUUGAAUGUUAAAGUCUUGCAAGUUGACCCUCUUUCUGAAAAUGUUGCUGCUUUUACUGAAUUUUCUCAGGUUACAGACUUGUUUGUUUUUAAGCCUAAUCAGCCAAGACCCCUGUACAUGCAGAAGAAUGUGUGUUCUGGUCUGGUUCAGUGGGCUCUCUUUGUUCCCAGAGAAUUUCCUUUGGACUACAAUUCUGAGAGUAAGCAAUGGCUAGCAAGAUCCCAGCUCUACUUCCUGUCUGCUUCACAGAACUUGAUGACAUUCAGUACAGAAUCAGUAGAAGAAAGAUUGACAUCAUCCAGCAAGCAUCUGGUCAUAGAAGAAAACAUUCCCAUGACUCCUUUGCAUGUGUUGCUGGGAAAGCAUAGGGAGCAACAAACCAAUUUUGUUUCAGAAGCAAAGCAAACAGCACUGCCUGAAGGAUCGGCUACAAUUGAUGAGAUGCUUCAUACACCAGCUCAUGUUCUGCCAAAUGCAUCAUUUCUCUGUUCAAUGUUUGUGAACUCAUUGAUGAUUUCCAAGAUGGGCACAAGUGCGAAAGAAGAAGAGGUGGAGGAAAUGGACAGUGAGAAAGAGGAAGAUGAAUCUGACACGGAAAUUACUCUUGUUGAAGAUGAGCAAGAAACAAAGGAGGCAUAUUCAGCAGAGGAACUGUUACCUAAGCUGACCAAAUCUGAGCAAAAAGAACUUAAAAAACUUCGGAAGAUUGAUUUCAGCUGGAUAUCUACAUUAUAGAUUACAGCUGGAUAGCUAUUGGGAAAUGGCAGGAUAAAAUGUUAAAUAUUUUUAGUACACAUAGUUAGUCAUUGUUAUCUAUAUAAAGCUUUGUUUUUAAAACUCUGA